GUACGAAACGUCCGCGCGCUCACAAGCAAAUCGCCAUGUUAUCAAUAUGACGCCCUUCAUGGUCGGCUUUGUACUGCCAUGGCUUAGUUAGAUAACUUCGUGUCCGUCGAAUUCGCGUGCUCCACAAAAGGUCUCUCAAGCGGAGGAUAUAUAUCACUGCCAAAACCAUGCCGGCCUACCAUUCUCAGUUCUCAAAGGGGCCCCAGGUGAUCGGGAACACGGCCGUCCUCCCCUUCAAGACUCAAUUCCGCGGACCUGCACCCAAGUUGGAUUCCAACUCGAACGAGAUGGACAUCGUCGAGGAAGCCCUUUAUUAUUUCAAGGCGAAUGUCUUCUUCCGCACCUAUGAAAUAAAAAGUGAAGCCGAUAGACUUCUGAUCUACUUAACGUUGUACAUCAGCGAAUGCCUCAAGGAGCUUCAGAAGUGUCCUGACAAGAAUUCGGGCCAGCAGAAGAUGUAUGCCUUGGCCAUCUCGAGGUUUGACAUCCCCGGAGACCCCGGGUUCCCCCUAAAUGCCGUCUAUGGACGACCCGGGACGCCCCAAGAAGCAGACUUCAUGAGGCAGUACCUGACUCAGCUCAGACAGGAGACGGGCCUCCGCCUGUGCGAUCGGGUGUACUCGACCGACGACGGGCGGCCGAGCAAGUGGUGGGUGUGCUUCGCUCGCAGAAGGUUCAUGGACAAAACCCUUACCUCACCAGGAACCCCUUGAUGAUCCCUAUCACUUCGUUUCAAAUUCAUUUAUGCUGAUUUACAAAUAAUCCCUUGAAAAUUAUGUCUUUGUACUUCUUCGUGAAAAACCAAAGUGAAAAAACGCAUUUCUCAUCUAACUUAAGUACAGUUACUGCUUGGAUAUACUGAAGAGUUGAUCAUUGGUC